AUGAUUAGUACAAAGAAGCUCAUCACCAUGGCAAGAAAAUGGAAGAAACUAGCAGCAGCCAGCAGACGAAGGAUUUCAUGGCCAAAACCAGCAGUGGCCAAGGGUCAUUUUGUAAUAUAUACAACAGAUGGAAGACGGUUUAUGAUUCCCUUGGUAUAUCUUCAGAGUGAGAUAGUUAGAGAGCUGCUUAAGAUGGCAGAAGAGGAGUUUGGACUCAUAAGUGAAGGGCCUCUAACAUUACCUUGUGAUUCGACUUUUAUGGAAUAUGCCAUGUCUAUUCUCCAAAGACAUGCAAAUGAGGAUUUGGUGAGAGCAGUUAUCAUGUCCUUGGACAGUUGCCGCUCCUCAUCAUCAUCAUCAAAUAUGCAGCAAGGAUACAACAAUAAUCAAUUUUUAAUCUCUAGCUUCUAG